CGCGCCCAGGUGAGUAGCUGCAGAUCCUCGGUCACAGGUUCAAAGAAACGUGUCCCGCGAGCGCCCAUGGAAAUGGCACUUUGGCGGGCCUACCAGCGGGCUCUGACUGCUCACCCGUGGAAGGUACAGGUCCUGACAGCUGGGUCUCUGAUGGGCCUGGGUGAUGUGAUCUCACAGCAGCUGGUGGAGAGGCGAGGUCUGCGGGCACACCAAGCUGGCCGGACCCUGACAAUGGCCUCCCUGGGCUGUGGCUUUGUGGGCCCUGUGGUAGGAGGCUGGUACAGAGUUUUGGACCGGCUCAUUCCUGGCACCACCAAGGUGGAUGCACUAAAGAAGAUGCUGCUGGAUCAGGGGGGCUUUGCCCCAUGUUUUCUGGGCUGUUUCCUCCCACUGGUUGGGACCCUCAAUGGACUGUCAGCCCAGGACAACUGGGCCAAACUCCAGCGGGACUUUCCUGAUGCUCUCAUCACCAACUACUAUCUCUGGCCUGCCGUGCAGUUGGCCAACUUCUACCUGGUUCCUCUUCAUUACAGGUUGGCUGUGGUCCAGUGUGUUGCUGUUAUCUGGAACUCCUACCUGUCCUGGAAGGCACAUCGGCUCUAAGUCGGCUUCACCCCAUCACUUCCACCUUGUAGUGAUGCACCUUGACCCUGGAAGGGUUGGGCCACCUCCUCAAAGUGGGCACAUUGAUCUUCCCAGGGUUUGGUGGCUGGUCAGAACCUAAUGGGGUUAGCACCCUGAAAUGGUCCAUUUCACUCUUAAAUGUAACCUGACUCCUAUUGAAAUGGCUAAAACCCACCAUAAAAAUUCAUCAUAAAUAUUUGUUGAAACAUA